AUGUUGUUGAGGGUUGAGCCAUGCAAAGUCAAUCGUUCUUCGAUUGGCUCGCUAUCGGACCUGGUGAUAGUGCAGGAGGAAUCUGGUCCCGUAAAAAAAGUCGCAAAUGUGCUUCGUCUCUGCCUAGAAACGAAGUGCGUCAUUCAUUAUGAGGGAAAAGUGGCGUAA